AUGCCGCCCAUAUCCAAGCUCUUUGACGAGAUUUUGGCAUCCAUAUUCCUUCUGGCUGUUUCAUCUAACCGCGAUGAAGGCAACGACAUCAGCUGGAAGAGAAGGAAGUUGGUCUUCACGGAGGUGGUGAUCACCCAUGUUUGCUGCCAAUGGCGCGACAUCGCUAUCAAAUACUCAAAGAUUUGGGCAUAUUUCGCAGCAGCUGGCCAAAGCGGUGCGACUAAAGGCCAGGUCGAACGUUUCAAGACAUAUUUAGAACGUUCGCGCGAACGCCCUCUGCGUAUAAUGCUGGUAUUUUUGAUCGGGGACAACAUGCCAGAGCUAAAGGAUCCAGUUCGGCAACUGAUCGAAUUGGCAGUUGACAACGUCGCCCGCUGGGAAUACGUCCGCAUUAGCAACAUGGCACCGACGCUGGAGCUAAUCAGUAUGCAGACGAAGAUGCGGAAUCAGAAAACGCCCUACCUGCGGUUUCUUGACCUGGCCCUCACCCCUCGGCAUGACUUUCCAGGGGAUCUACGCCUCAGCUCCACGGAGGCCAACACGCUCCAACUCGGGUGUCCAAAUCUCACCUGGAUAAGGCUCAGCAUUGACGCGGCCAUCCUGUUCAUACCCCCUCUCACUCAGGUCACGAUCCUCUCCCUCGAAACCGAAGAAUUUAGCCAAGGCCCACCCAUAUCUUGGAAACUGUUCACAGAGUUAAUCCAGAUCCCAGCAGCACUCACGGCGCUGUCGAUUGGCGAUUCUUGCAUUGAGCGACCUGGCGAGUGGCCUUCAAAGCCCAUCGACAUGAAGCAUCUUCAGCACCUGCGUUGGGGAUUUGAUUACCUAGGCCAAACGCCCCACGAAGCUUCCAACAGCGCGUUCCCAGCAUUCAUAUGCAAUCUUGAAGCACCUCUUCUCGAAACACUCUUCCUUUGCCGCUUCAUAUUGCCGACCACGGUGGUGUGUGGACCGGUACCCUUGAGGAUGUCGUUCCCAAACCUCCACACCUUUCGGAUGGCGGGCUGCAACAAUGUCUCUGGUGGAUGGAUCGUUCCAUUUGCAAUGGCAUCUCCCAAGGUCAAGACGAUCAUCAGCUUCAGCAAUGAGACUGACAGGUCCCUUGUUCACUAUCUCAACCAUCUCGCAGAGGCAAGCCAUUCCACCCGACUCUGGCCACAACUCGAGCGCCUCGUCGAGUUCACCACUUCUCCUUCUGUAAACCAGUACAUCCAAUUCCUCCGCCCACGCACAUUCGAAGGAAGGUCACGGAUCACGUUGAAAGUGCCCCCGGGAACCCUUAAGGAUUGGAGACACCGUCAUGGGGAAGAGCUCAAUACCCUCCAAGAUAUGUGUCAUGAGCUUGUUGAAUGGGACAAUGUCGAAGACUCGCUUGGGUAUCCGGGCACAUUGAAACCCUGGCCCCGUCCUCCGGACGCGAUGUGCUACCCCAGAUCGUGGUAUCGAUGUGACAGUAAUUCAUUUGCGGUAGAAAAAUUCAUUGUGAGGAAGUAUUUUCGCGUCCAGGGCGCGGCGGAUAAUUAG